GCAUAUUCCAACAAACAGGCAGACAUUUGACACCGGCUCGCGUCGCGCUUUGGACUGCUGCCAGUGAGCCACUUACCUUCCCCAGCAGUCCCCUCUGCAGAGAAUACAAAUAUGUAUGCGGACAGCCAGUGUACUCGGGAGCAUAGCCUGCUAGGGACUGGUGAUGAGCGCGUUCUAACUUGAUGCAUUACGGACAUGCUAACGAACAUUGUCAAUGUAACACAGCAUAACAUCAUCACUAUGCCCGCUCAAAACAUGCUGUUUGCAAUGGCUUACGCUGCUCAACGUAGCAACACCGAGCUUAUAAGUCAUUCCCGUGACGCUGGCCAAUGUGUUCAGAUUGCAUAUCCAGUUUCCACAGGCUUCCGCAUCCUACCAGGCAGAAUCGCAGCAUACUUAAGGCGGCGGCGCUGUUUUUGGGAGUGUUUUUGUGGCUUCGCGCACGAACAUCCCACUCCAGUACAAUUUGUCACUUCGGCGACUGGCCACAUACAGGUUGUUUGUCACUUUCGAGACAACCGCUGCAAAUUUUCUAGUAUGUUUAGCAUUUUUGUUGCUUCUUACUACUUGCAUCAUUAUUUUCAGUCAACCUUAACGAGAUACGACAUACGGCGCUGCUCGAAUCAUCGUAUGAUGACUUCCCAACACGAGUUCUAGGAGAUGUUCCCAAUAUCUUACUGACUGCAUUUCGAACUAUCAUUGCCGGUCUACCGUCUGGCGAUGCUGAGAUCGCGCCAUACGUCAUUGAUUAUCUUGGCUCACACUCGUCGAUGCACCUGCGGC